GGAUAUAUUUUCCACGACAAGGAAACUAAUUUUACUUUUAAUAUUUCUGGAUUCUUGUCUCAAACAGCAUCACCAACAACAACUAUUCAAACACUAUUGAAGGAAAAUUAUGUUCAUGCAGUUAAAGUUGCUGCUCAAAAGAUUAAAGAAAUUGAAAAUGGACAAAUUGUAAAUAAGACUGUUAUUGCAUCGGAAUCAGAAAAUCGUAGUGUUGAUCACUAUAAUUUACGUUUGGCUUCAUCAACAGUUGCUGGAAAAUCAUUGGAUGAUAGUUUAAAGUUAUGGAAUGAUAUUAAUGAAAAAGUUGGUAAAAUUAUUAGUGGUCAAUUAAAGAAUGAACAAACAGGAAAGGCUUACAAGAAUGUCAUUUUCAAUGGUAUUGGUGGAUCUUAUUUGGGACCAUUGUUGUUAUGUGUUGCCAUGAAGGGUAUUUAUUUCAAUGAUUUGCAAGAAAAAGAAGGUUUGCCAAAGUUAUACUUUGUCAGUAAUACUGACUCUGAUAGUUUUGAUCAACUUUUUGGAGAGAAGGGUGUUUUGGAGUUGAGCGAAAGUUUACUUGUUAACAUGUCAAAGAGUGGUGGUACUGCCGAAACUAAGGGAAAUAUGAAUACUUUCAAUAGAUUAUUAUUGGACAGAGGUAUUGCACAAAAUGGUAAUAUUGGUUCAUAUAAUAUUGCUAUUACUACAAAGAAUAGUAACUUUGACAAGUUUGCUCAAAAGAAUCACUUCUUACAUACAUUCUACAUGAACGAAGAAACUGGUGGUAGAACUAGUGUUGGUAGUGCUAUUGGAAUGGUUCCAGCUGCUUUUGCUAAAUUGGACUUUGCUGGAUUCUUGCGUGGUCAAUCUUACAUGGAUGAAAUGACCAGAAGAUUUGAUACAGUUGAAAAUCAAUUGAAGAAUCCAGCCUUAGUUACAGCUAUUCUUAUGGAUCAUUAUCAAAAGAGACAUGGUAGAAAGAAUUUGAUUGUUCUUGGCUAUUCUGAUUCACUCCGUGAAUUUGCUCACUAUUUACAACAAUUGUAUAUGGAAAGUUUGGGUAAACAAUUCUCUGAAAAUUCUGGUGUUGAAAGUCCAGAAGGUCAAACUGUUUUUGGUGGUGUUGGUACUGGUGAACAACAUGCCUUCAUGCAACAAGUUCAAAAGGGUAUCAAUGAUUGCAUUGUUAAAUUUGUUUACUAUUUGAAGAGAAACUCUGAUUAUUCAGGAACAAGCUAUUUGAGUAUGGGUAGACAAAUGCUUGGUUUCAUUAAGGGUACUGAAAAUGCUCUGUAUAAGAAUGGUAAACCAUUCCUCUCAUGUACAUAUGAACAAUGUGAUAUGUUCAACAUUGGUAUGAUGAUUGCUUUGGAAGAAAGAAUUGUUUCAAUUUUGGCUGCUUUCCGCGCUAUUAAUGCAUAUGAUCAACCAGGUGUUCAAGAUGGUAAGAUUAGUGCCAAUGACAUGAACAAGUUCAGUGAUGUUAUUGAA